GGACAGAUGUGUGCGCAGGGAAGUUGAUAUGUGAGGAGGGACGGUGCAUUCCCCCAAGUCUGUGCUGUAGGGAGAAGGACUUGCAUCCCCCAAACUGCACUAUAAGGCCUGGAAUCGAAUGUUGCAAGCAGCUUUUGCAUCCUGCUAUUCGUGACCAGGAUCUCUACUACCUAAAAGCACCACCAAGAUUGCAUCAGCAAAGGAACCCACAGCCAGAUUCUACUCUCAUAAUGGGUUGCAUUGUGGCAGUAGCAAACCUGAUAACAGUUGGUAUCAUAGUUGGAGUAAGGUACCACCUGUGGCGUUCCAAUGGUUCUACCUCCCGUGCUCAUUACCACCUGAAUAGAUUACGGUCAGCCACUCUCCGUCCAUUUGGCUUUGGUUCAUCUCUCAGUCCACCAUCAACCACUGAUCAGUACCAGUUACGGUCAGCAGAUACUCUGUAUUCAAGACGAAUCCCAGGUUUGCGUUCAGAUCUUCUGUCGCCAGAGAUCCUCCGCGAACAGAGGCAACAAUGCACACAUCAGCAGAGACCCUUUACUGGAGGAGUUGUAUUGUGCCCUCCUACCAAUGCUCAGCCUCCCCAGUACUCACAGUUGCCAACAGCUCAUACAGGGCCCCCGCCUGCUUAUCAUCAGGUUGUGGGAGCUCCACCACCACCUUACUCAUCCCGUGAUGAUCUUACACUAGGAAACUCCUCAGAUGGCUCCUCCCUGUCUCUUCUGUCACCACUUCUGAACAACAAUAACAAUGGGGAUAUUAAUGGUAACACCACAGCCCACCUUUCUGUUAUACAGAACCAAAAUGUGGCCCAUGCUGCAGCUUCUUCUGCAGCACCUUCUCAGUUCUCAGGUUCCCAGUCCCGAGGCAACAAAUGAUAAGCUUUAACACUUAUGGGGUGGAGAGAAACAUGCUUGAAAGCUUUUAUGAAUCUUAAUCUUUUGAAUCUUAAAGAAUUUUAAAAAUUUUAGCUAAGUUUUUUAUUCUUGAUAAAUUUUUAGCAUAUGAAUUCAGUUUUUGAAUCUUAGAGAAUUUAAAAAAUUUUAGCUAAGUUUUUGAAUCGAUAAAUUUUUAGAAUAUGAAUUCAGUUUUUGAAUCUUAAUUGAUUUUUGAAAUCUUAAUUAUUUUUUAUCUCAAUGAACUUCUAAAUCUUUGUUCAGUUUUUGAAUCAUAAUUCAUUUUUUAGUGUAUCUGACUCAUAAAAUGAGGUUGAGUACUCUUUGCAAACUGCUUUGAGGACAAAAAAAGUCAAUUUACAUAUGACCAUGAAAUGAUGGGAAUGUUGAUAAGGAAUUGCACUGUUUUUGAAUUUCACAUUUCUUUAUAUUACUGUAAAUGGUUUCUCCUUCCAUGUGUUGUAUGUGAUGGUUCUCUUAGACCUGAAAUUGUGUAAAUUUUUAUAUUUUCUUUAGCCUGGAAUUUCACUGAAGAUUCACAAAGUACAUUGUACAAGUAUCCACUUUGUAUUUUUGGAACAUAUUUUGUCUAUGAUGUACUCGUGGUUGUUUCAUCUGUGUGUAACAUUUGAUGCAAGGAAAACAGAAAAAUGAUGAUAAUCAUACUUAGAAACAGAAAUUUAGCAUUCAUUUUAUUGGCAAGCAAUAAGGAAAUUAAAUGAUAAUAGACUAAGAACAGGGUGGAGUCAUGAAAAGAAAUUGUAACUGAAGUUCUGCAUUUAUAGCAUCUAAAAAUAUAAAACUAUUCAAAAGUGCUUCCAAUGAUGUACAAAGUAAGGAAUUUAGAAUUUACAGCUUUGAAUUUCAUAACUGUUAAGUUCUGACUGGUAUGCAUUUUAUAUAAGCUAAACUUAUGUUCAUCCGUUUACGAUUUUUAUAAAAUCAAAGGAAGUAAAAAAGUAGGGAGAAAAAUACAAUUUUAGUGCACCAACAUGGAUAUUAGAACAAUUUUGGAAUGAAUUGAACUAAAAUGAUGGUAUUAAGUAAUGUCAAAACUUGUUGCAUUGCACAUUUCCUAUAAAAUGUUGUUGUUUUUUAUUGCACCAACACAGAAUUGCACUUUUACCUCUUCUCAGGAUUUUGAUGGAUGAAACACCACCACAAGGAGAAGAGAAACCUUAAAUCUGUUAGUGUUCAAGUAAAAUUGGAUUUGUCUCCAAGCAUCAAUACAUAAAUGAUAUGAGUGACAUCUAGUUUCAUUUGGAAUGAGACAAGUUUUGGAUCCCUUCACGUAAGGGUUGUGUUUCACAUUUUAUUUUUACACAUUACAUUGUUGAUGUUUCAUUGAUAUUAAAAGAUAUUAUAAUGAGAAAAUUACAGUUCAUAAUAAAUUCAGGCGAUUUAUAGAAGAGAGAACAACAAAGAAAUCCUGGGAUGUGUGCAGGCAUGUUAGUUUAUAGAAAAUUUUAUUACAAAUUAUACUUUGUUAGUAUUUAAGCAUACAGUGGUCAGACCUUUUUUCCCCCCGGCUUGUUAUACCUAUAUGUGUAUCAUUUUUAGGGAAAAUAAAAAUGAUAAAUGGAAGAAACUAGUGGUAACAGACUGGCAGUUUUGUGUAUCACAAAAGACAACUGGUACCUGAUUGGCUCCUAUGCCAAACAAGAAUCACUAUUUUGUCAAACUUGUAAAACUUUCUCAUGUUGUCUAAAUGUAAUUUUUGAAAUGUCAUUACUAUUAAUUGAUAGCAGUUGUGUUUGUCCCCCCUCUUUUUUUUCUUCUUUCUUUCUUUCUUUCUUUCUUUUAUAAAUAUUAAUUUGUGUUGUCUUAAAUUAUCUUGUGCAAUUUAACUGUACAAGUAAACUUGUGCCAAAUGCAUGCACACUUCUUUAUCAACUAAUACUUAUAUUUGAAAUAAUGUGAUAAAGUAGUUGAAAAUUGCAGUUCAUGGUUCAAGACUGCCCAUGCCAAUAUUGUUUAUAGGCUAAUUUGAACUUCAAGCUUACAAUACCUGCUCAAAUGUUUUAUGAAAAUAGCAGCUACAUUCAACACAAAGGUGUGCAAUAUCUGUGAAUAUUAAAAGUGCUGUUUAUAAAUACCAUCUCCCAUUAUUACAUGGUCACAAUGAUAGAAGAAUGAGUUAAAUACAAGAGUAAUAAUUCAUUGUGUUUUUAAGUUCAUCACAUAUAAUGAAAAUGUUGUCUACAUGUUUGCAAUAUUCUCCACAAUUAUUUUUAUAGAUGUUGCUUCCAGAUAACAGUUCUUAUGUGUCAAUUAUGUGCCAAGAGAAAAAGAGUAUGUUAGAUAGUUUUAACUUGAAUUGUACACAGUUGUGAAGGAGUUUCAUGAAAUUCCUUUUUCAUGAUCCUGUUUCUAGGGAACCAUUGUACACUGUUUUGUGUCUCAAAGCUUUGAUAGUAGCUAAUGUUACGAAGAAAGAUAUUGAAAAUUAAUUAUAUACUUAUAAGAGAUAUAUAUGUUGUUAGUAGCAGCUACCAUUCUUAAACUAUAUCUUUUAGUCUGUGUUUUUGCUUUUCAUUUAUGGCUUUUGUUGUCAUUUUGUAUAGAUUAAGUAUUGUGUUUCCUUUCAUUUUUUACUAUAAAGAUAAGUCUGCUGAAUUUGAAGUAUUUUUCUUUAUAGUUAGCCUUGUUAUUAAUUUGUGUUCCUAGGUGGCUGGGCUAAAGUUAUUGUAAUGUUCAUGACAGCCUGUUGCAUGAGGAAGACUGUAAUGACAUUGGUAGAGAUUUAAGAGAAAGUUAUGAUAUAUUCUUAUUUCCAACUCUUGGUUUUGGUUGUAUCUCUCUCUCUCUCUCUCUCUCUCUCUCUCUCUCUCUCUCUCUCUCUCUCUCCUCUCUCUC